UGUGCAGAGUUCCACUGCAGUGCUAAGGGUUGGGAGCGAGGCAAUACCGGGAGAACCCAGACUUCUCCAGGAGAGGGGGAGCAAGGGGAGGAGAGAGAAGAGAGCGGGAGAAGAGCGGAGAGGGACAGAGGCGGGAGAGGGAGCGGAAACCACCUAGGUGCAGUCGGGGACGACAGCGAGCCAAAGCGCAGCGCGCUGGGAGGGGGCUGUGGAUAUAUAUAGAAAGAGGGAUCUCGCUGCGGUAACACCUAGCCACCCAGACGGCUGGAGCCGAGAGCGCGCCGGCAGGGGAGUUCCAGUAGCUCGCGCCGCGCGUCCCCGCCCUCGUUGCUCCCAAAGCUGUCCCAAAGCGCUGGGGGACCCUGAUACCGCCGCCACGCUCACCUGCCGGAGGUACCUCCGACUGGACCGAACGCACUGGUCGGCGAGUCCAAAGGCUGCGCGCCACUGCUCCCCUGCUCCAGAUGGGACUGGCUCUCCUGUUUGCAAAGCCAGGCCCAGGGGGAGAUGUGUUGAGCAGUAGCCAGCAGCUGGUGUGUCCCGGACACUGCUAACCGCUACGCGCCCAGCCCUGGGGUCCACAUGAACAGCUUUUCCAGCAGACAUAGCGCUCCACUCUCCUGCAGCGCCAAGCCGGCUCCCCAAAGCAGUCUGCUGAACGCAAACCACUGAGAGUUUGCUGCGCAGCUCCCUGGGGUCCGGGGCCGCGGAGUCCCGCUAAGGCAGAGACACCGGCAGAGCGAGCGAGAGAGCGAGCGGGCGCCGCGGAAGACAAACACUCGGGCACGCGAAAGGGAGCCCCAGGAGGGCAGCCGGGUGGCAAGGCUUGGCAGGAGACUGUCACUGCGUCCUGGGUCGCCUCUCCCUCGUCGGACUGCACGAGGAAGCGCGCUUCUUAAAGUUCUAGACCGCAGGAGGCGGCGUCCCUUUCAGUCCCCUCCUCGCGGCGCUCCAGGAAAAGGAACUUGAUCUACUGGCAGGCUCCAGCCGCCCGCUGAACGUGAGAGGGGACAGUGCCACGGGCCCCGGGGUAGGGACCCGAGAGAGGGAGCCUCGAGCCAGGCUGCAGAAGGAGGGCACCGGGCAGCGGCCAGGGACCCCGAUGCCGGCAGCCAACAUGAUGGAGAACCUGCAGCUGCCCGCCCUGCAGGUGCCAGAGCCUCAGGGCGCGCCGGAGGGCAGCGCGGUGUGGUCCAGCUCGUCCACCCCCACGCUCCGCCGCCGGCGCUUUAAGAUGCGCCGGAUGAAGAACGUGCAGGAGCAGAGCCUGGAGGCGGGGCUGGUAGCCCCGGACCUACCCGGCGUCUUGGCCCCCGGCAAGGAGUUCCUGCAACUGCCGUCCAUUGAGAUUACGCCCUCCAGCGACGAGGACACCCCGUGGUCCAACUGUUCCACACCCAGCGCGUCCCCGCGCCGAAAACGCUUCCUGCUCCGCAAGUGGCUGAGGGUGAGGGAGCGGAAGGAGUGCAGUGAGAGCAGCAGCCAGCAGAGCAGCCAGCAGAGCAGCCAUGACGAUGAUUCCAGCAGGUUCCUGAGUCCUCGAGUGCGCGAAGAGAGAGUGAACCUGCAGCCCUCGAGGUCCUGGCCGCCAUGUGGCCAGCCCUCCCCUGAGCCCGGCAUGGUGCAGAAUCUGCACACAGAGGCUGUCUCCUGCAGCACAGCCGUCAAACGGACUUGCUACUACCGUGUCUCCUGUCUGAGGAAGAAGCUGGCCUUUCUGAGAGCCAAGUAA